CAAAUUACAACCUAGAAAGCUUGCAGGGCAAAGUGAUAGAAAUUUUACAAACCUAAUCUUAGUAUUAUUUUAUAACACCUGUCUAUGCUCGAAAAUUUGGCAGGGAAAAACAAUUGAUGAUCCGAAUCCUCCUUCAACAAUGACCACGAAGCAAAAUUUAACUCCUAAAGGAGUGCACCAAAAUAAAGGGAUCAAGGUUGAAGCUUCAGAAUCUGGGCUAGAGGGACCUGAAGAUGGUGACGUAUGCAGUGUACUGGUGGAUGUGUAUGGCUAUAAAGUAAAAGUGGGCAGUGCUCCUAUACUUGAUGCCAUUUUUGCCAACUAUGGUGACAUUACAGUCCAACUAUCGCUAUAAAUCACCAAUUGUCAGAGCUUCCCUUCUUGAUGUGGUUAGUGAUGUUGUCAGGCAGCUGAAAACCAGUGAUGUGAAUUCUUCUUCAAUUGAAGCUAUGAAAUUUGUAGUAUCUGAGGUUGCGAAUGCCAAGCUUGAUGUAACUUGGCUGCAACUGUAUCUGGAUGAGAUUUUUGAAGAGGAAGAUAUGGAGGAAAAGUAUUCCUAUCUAAUGGCUUUCAGAGAGACUACCAUGCUUGUCUCUAAAGAAGCUAAAAAGGACUUGGUAGAAAGGAACAGUGACGUCUUAGCAAAAGAGAAACGACUCAAAAAGGAUAAAAGGCGCUUGCAAGAGGCCAAAAGCCGAGCAGGAGAGGUAGAAAGGUAUGUCAACGUAUUUGACGUACUGGGUAAAAAAGUUCUACAGGACAUCAAGGAGACUAAAGAUCAAGCACGAUAUUGGCUGAGUAGGUUGAAUCAGCUUCUGUAGCCCGAAGCUGUUUUAUCUU